UAGACAUUAGUGGAAAUGCUAUGUAGUGUUGUGUUUUUACAGGAUAGCAGCAUGCAGGCCUGGCAAUCAGUUUGUCAGAGGAUUUUAAACAAACCAUUGUCCAUCUGGCAUGGAUUUCUACAACCACUCUUCAUCAGCAGGGUCAAAGCAUUGAUUAAGUUCCAGCUGGACACUAGUACUGAGCUGAGCAAGCGACAGAUAACCAAGGUUGUUAUGACAAUUGGCUCCACGGAGGAGGGGUGUAUAGCUGACACAGAUCUGGCAGGAUACAUCUGGCAGGAGUCCCCGGGGGACAUUCCUACUAACAUGGCCUGGACCACCGCCACUUCUAGAUCCACCUCCGAUAAUCCCGGGGGACUCAUCAUGAAAGCCAAGGCAUUCACACCAGUCAUUCAGAGGUUUCUUACUGUUUAUAUUUGAAUUACACCAGUCAUUCAGAGGUUUCUAACUGCUUCUAUU